CUGGCUGGACGCUUCUCUCGGACUCUGACUUCAUCUGUUGUAUCGUGUUGUAUUGCUCGGGGAGUUUUUUUGUUGUAAAUUUUAUUAUUAUCAUUCGAUAGUUUUUCUGGUCCUCAGUACAUUGCGUUAUCUCGCGUUUCCUAACUGGCGAUUGGAGCUACCGCAGAGGCAGAAGCACACAAUACUGCAAAGAACGCGCGCGAACGAAGCCCCUCCUGUCCCGGCUGGCUGGAAGCAUUGAACAAUCAGCAUCAUCAUUCCUCCGUUGUUGGCAGGUUGUUGAGUCACCGGCGCGACCGCCAAGUGUGUGGUGUAUUGUGUCUCUCCAUGACUACGUUCGGGUUCGGCAAUUUCGGUUGAAGAGUCCCACUGACGGCAGUCGGCGCGGAGAAGUCGUAGAAACAAGUGCCUCUGUUUGUCCAAGAUUCGAAAAGUGUCACUACCAGUGUGUUACCGCAGCGGAAAAUCGGUGUAAACCGCUGCAGUGCAGAGGAGAAAACAGUUUGUGGCAAUUGGUAAUCAGAAAAAAAACGAAACGAAGCGCAAUCUUGUAACUUGGACGACGAAAUCGAACCGAAAAUCGAUUAAUUCUUUCUGGUACGGAUUUCUCCCGGCUACGGUGUGACAAAAUUCAGCCAACCGCUGCCGUGUCAUUCAAAACCUACGAAUUACGCGGUUUCUGGCCGUCACGUGGUGAAACGACACCCUCAAGUACCAUAAUCAAUUUUUCAUGCGUGAAAUCCAACAAAGCACUGCCAGCUUAGUAUUGUCGGUAUUCUCAAACGAGUUUUAUCUAAGCAAUAUAUUUUUUUUUGUCUCUAUCUACACCACUCGCUAAUAAGUGCAACAAGUGAAUGAGAACAAUUUGAGCAGUCAUCCCACCUCCUACAGCCAGCCUCAGUGUAUGUGUUUAUGCGUUUAAUUGGGACAGUACGAAAAUAGCUGGAUUUAAGAGUCUCGAAAUUGCAUCUUGCGGAACGCUCUGCACGCUGGUGAACAACACAUUCCUCGGGUUGCAACCAAAUGUUUCGCUAACAGCAGUGUCUGCCAGCUGUGACAACGCCGAACCAGUCCAGUUUCAUAGUGCAACGAGUCUCUUUCUGUAACAAAAUAGCCGCAGUACAUCGGUAGUGCAGUGCACUGAAGCUGCAGCCACAUUCUUUACUUUCCUGCUCGGCGAUGAUGCUCCGAUCGAGAACAGACUGGCUUUGGCCGUCGUUGGCCCUACUAGCUCUAACGUGGACCAGUAGCGGAGUAGCGACACCGGUCCAAACGACCUCACAGGCAGAGCUCUAUCUGUCACAGUUCGGAUACCUCAGUGCGAAAUUCCGAAAUCCUACUAGCGGGAACCUGCUGGAUAAGGACACAUGGGAGAAAGCAAUUAUGGAAUUUCAAAGCUUUGCCGGGCUGAACGUAACCGGUGAGCUGGACGGCGAAACGAUGGAACUCAUGUCACUGCCACGUUGCGGAGUACGCGAUCGUAUAGGCUUCGGUUCAGAUUCCCGAUCGAAGCGGUAUGCACUGCAAGGCAGUCGGUGGAAGGUGAAAGCACUGACCUACCGGAUAUCGAAAUACCCGUCCAGGUUGGUCCGUUCGGAAGUAGAUGAGGAAAUUGCCAAGGCAUUCUCAGUGUGGAGUGAAUAUACCGAUCUAACAUUUACACCGAAGAAAACAUCUCCGGUGCACAUAGAUAUUAGGUUUGAAGUGAAUGAACAUGGUGACGGAGAUCCUUUCGAUGGUCCGGGAGGAACCCUAGCGCAUGCCUACUUCCCGGUGUAUGGAGGUGAUGCCCACUUCGACGAUGCGGAAUUUUGGACUAUCGGCAAAACUCGGGGGACAAAUUUGUUCCAAGUAGCCGCACACGAGUUCGGCCAUUCGCUAGGGUUAAGUCACUCCGACACACGAUCUGCUCUGAUGGCACCGUUCUACCGUGGAUAUGAUCCUGUGUUCCGGUUAGAUUCCGAUGAUAUUCAGGGAAUUCAAGCUCUCUAUGGACGGAAAACGAGUAGUGGUUCCACUCCACCUCGAACUACUCAACGCCCGGUAUUGAAAGAUCCGGAUUCGAUACUGUGCACCUCACCGAAGAUCGAUGCCAUCUUUAACUCAGCCGAUGGAAGCACGUUCGCCUUCAAGAGGGAUAGCUACUACAAACUCACAGAAAACGCAGUUGCUGAAGGUUAUCCCAGGAAAAUCUCCGACGGAUGGCCGGGAUUGCCUGGAAACAUUGACGCGGCCUUCACGUACAAAAAUGGUAAAACGUACUUCUUCCAAGGCACGAAGUACUGGCGAUACUCGGGACGACAGGUCGAUGGAGAUUAUCCGAAAGAGAUCAGUGAAGGAUUCACCGGCAUUCCGGAUCAUCUGGAUGCUGCGCUGGUGUGGGGCGGUAACGGAAAGAUUUACUUCUACAAGGGCAGUAAAUUCUGGCGGUUUGAUCCGCUGAAAAGGCCCCCGGUUAAGUCUACCUAUCCGAAACCGAUCUCCAACUGGGAGGGACUGCCGAACAACCUCGAUGCAGCCCUUCAGUACACCAACGGUUAUACGUACUUCUUCAAGGACGACAAGUACUAUCGGUUUAACGAUAGAACUUUCGCCAUCGACGAAUCGGAUCCGCCAUUCCCGCGGCCGGUGGCACACUGGUGGUACGGCUGUAAAAAUACCCCCUCUACGUUCAACACGUUAGGUAAUGUUAAAGCUAUUAAGAAUGACGAUGUCGGGCACGACAAUGACGCCGAUGAUUUGAUUUUGGAUGCGGCCGAGACAGAUGAGCGACCACCCGGCGACGAUUACAACACCGGCAAAGGAUCGAGUUCCAGUCGGAUCAACGUCAGUAUUAUUCUAAUCCUUACCUUGCUGGGAUUCGUACUGAAGGUCUAGAGCACCUAACCGGUCAGCUUGUCCGGAAGAAUUUCGCCAAAUUAAGUUACCUACCUUUAGAACAUCCAUAUCUCCGGCAUACUUUGCGCCAUACCGUAGGAGUUUUCACUCUGCUACAUACCGAAUUAUACCGUACCGAAUGGAGGGAAAGCGUCAGUAAUGCGUCAGAAAAUUGAUCUCACAAUUUGCUCCGAGCGCAAUCAUUUAGCCAGUGUCCACCCUGAGGAACCCUCGAGCCAGUGACUUUUAGUUCAGUAUGAUAAUAACGUUUAAAACCUCCAAGCAGAAUCAUAUCCUUCCGGCGUAGCAGUUACUAACCGGUAGCUGGAAGAAGAAGAGCUCUACCAAGUUAGAGUAUAAACAAAACGUUAAGGAAAAUCGUGAUACAAAGUAUUCUUUUCUAUUAUAUUUGUGAAACACGUCAAAGUAAAAUGCCUUCUUGUAAGUUAUGCUGUUUAUUGUUUCACCGUUUUGUCGUGAUAGAAUCAACGAAUCGAUUGAUUCACAGUGACAAACGCUAGCAGCAUCAGCAGCAGCAGUCAAAGUCAUUAACGUAAGAGCUUAAGUUUUAUAGGAAUAUUCGAGUGAGAAGAGGAAACAAAAAUAUCACAAUAAUGUAAACGGUGCCUUUAAACCAAUUGUAUAUACUACUAAUUAAACUAGAUUCUAAUCAAUCCAAAUUCAAUUGAUUGGAUCGCUUAGAAAGCAUAAAACAACAAAAGUGCAGCCUACCACAAUUCGAUUGUUGAAUAAUUCUAGUAAGCUUUUAUUUUUCAAAAUGACCACGAAAUUUUGUUUUUUUUUUGUCUUCUUUAUUGUAACUAAUCUACCGAAAAGGUCAACCAUAUCUUCUCGCUAGGUCUCCAGCUCAAGGGAACUAGAACAACAGUGCAUUCGUGUAUAACGUUUCAGAAUAGAGGAAUUUACCGUAAUACUAGAAUUUUGUACAUAUUUAUUGCAAAUAAUGCCCCUAGGAUUAAGCGGGAAAUCCACAAAAAUUCAAUAA